CCUGGAUCAUCCCCGUCCCUGAAUCCCCACAUCCUCCCCAUUCCUGACCCUAACCCUUCACCCUCCUGGGUGCCGUGUCUGUCUGUUCUCCCCAUCCCAUCCCUGCAUCCUUCCCGGCUCUGCAUCUCCUCUAACCCUGCAUCCCUUCCCUGCCUCCUCCCUAACCUUGGAUCAUUCCUGUCCCUGAAUCCUCACAUCCUCCCCAUCCCUGCAUCCUCCCCAUCCCACCCCUGGAUCAUCCCUGUCCCUGAAUCCUCCAUCCCUGAAUCCACAUCCUCCCUAUCCCUGCAUCCUUCCUAUCCUAUCCCUGCAUCCUUCCAGGCUCUGCAUCCUUGCAGCUCCCCUAACCCUGCAUCCUCCUCAACACCGCAUCCCUGUAUCCUCUCCAUCCCAUCCCGUCCCGUUAUCCCGCUGUUAUCCCGCUGUUAUCCCGCUGUUAUCCCGUUGUUAAUCCCGUUAUCCCGUGGUUAUCCCGCUGUCCCCCCGCGGCUCUCCCGGCUCCCCUGUGCCCUGGCAGUGGUACAGCCCUGCCUGCAGCUCCCGCAGCUCCGGGGACGCUGCUGGCAGGGAAGGCAGCGGCUGCGGGGGCUGCGGCCGCGUCCAGCGCCAGCUCCGGGGGAAGCGCUGCGAGGGACCCGAGCGGCUCCCGGGAGAGCCCCGAGCCGGCUCCACACCGAGCCGGCUCCGUCCGAGCCAGCUCCAUCCGAGCCAGCUCCAUCCCGAUCCCGGCUCCAUCCCGAGCCCGGCUCCAUCCCGAGCCCGCUUCCAUCCGAACCAGCUCCACACCGAGCAGGAGCCAUGACCCAGGGCAAGCUCUCCGUGAACAGCAAGCCCCCCGGCUCUGAGGGGCAGGGGGACAAGAAGGACAAUGCCACAGCCCCCCCGGCUCCCCCGUCCUACGAGGAGGCAACAGCAGGAGAAGGGAUGAAAUCCGGGAAUUUCCCCGCCCCGCCCGCGGCCCCGCUCCACCCCAGCUGGGCGUACGUGGAUCCCAGCAGCAGCCCGAGCUACGGCAGCGGGGGGGACCCGGGGGACACGGAGCUGCUCACCACCUUCAGCUGGGACGACAGCAACGUGCGCAGGGUGUUCAUCAGGAAGGUUUAUGCCAUCCUGAUGGUCCAGCUCCUGGUCACCGUUGUCAUCGUGGCUUUCUUCACCUUCUGUGAGCCGGUCAAGGGCUACAUCCAGACCCACCCUGCCUGGUACUGGGCCUCCUACGCUGUUUUCUUCGUCACCUACCUGAUCCUCGCCUGCUGCUCCGGGCCCAGGAGAUACUUCCCAUGGAACCUGAUCCUGCUCAGCAUCUUUACCCUGUCCAUGGCCUAUCUCACUGCAAUGCUCUCCAGUUACUACAACACCAAGUCAGUGCUGCUGUGCCUUGGGAUCACGGCCCUGGUCUGUCUGUCUGUCACCAUCUUCAGCUUCCAGAGCAAGUUUGACUUCACCUCCUACCAGGGCGUUCUCUUCGUGCUGCUCAUGGUGCUGUUCCUGGGGGGGCUGGUCCUGGCUGUCAUCCUGCCCUACCAAUAUGUGCCCUGGCUCCACGCCAUCUACGCCCUGCUCGGGGCUGCCAUCUUCACCAUGUUCCUGGCCCUGGACACGCAGGUGCUGGUGGGGAGCCGCCGCUGCUCGCUCAGCCCUGAGGAAUACAUCUUCGGGGCCCUCAACAUCUACCUGGACAUCAUCUACAUCUUCUCCUUCCUGCUGCAGUUCUUUGGCUCCAGCCAGGAGUGAGGGCAGCCUGUGCUGCUGUGAGGGGUUGAGGUGAAGGGCUCCAAGCCAGCAGCCCCUCCCUCUGUGCUCCCUGCCAGGCACUCAGGAGCCCCUGCCCCUCCCCAGCUUUGUACAUUUGCUGUCAGGCUUUGUCACCCAGAGAGCGAGGCAGGGUUCGGUGUGUGCCCCUUCUGCUCCCCCUGCUCCUGCCCAGCCCAGCCCAGCCCAAACUGGGGGCAGGAGCAGGACCUGCCUGGCCCCAGGGGCUGCUGAGUCCUCUGGGUCCUGCCCACCAAGGCUGGAAGAGCUGUGACAGAACAAGUGAGGGCAGCAGAGCAGGGAACUCGGUUAGACCCUGGCAAAGCAGCUGAGCCAGGGGAAAAGCCUUGGGGAAUCCUUGUUUCCCACAUUCCCUGGAGCUUGGUGGCCUCUGUGCUGUUCCUGGUGGCUGCUGCUGCUGGGAAUGUGAGUGUGGGAUCCCACAGCUGGAUUUCACUGCUCCAGGCACAGGAACCUGUUUGUUCAGAACGUGCAGCUCUCUGAGGUCAUCCCUGGUGGCACUGCAGGAAGAAUUCCUCUGGAUCCCUUGCACCCGGCUGUGGGGCCCUUCCCUUCCCUUCCCUUCCCUUCCCUUCCCUUCCCUUCCCUUCCCUUCCCUUCCCUUCCCUUCCCUUCCCUUCCCUUCCCUUCCCUUCCCUUCCCUUCCCUUCCCUUCCCUUCCCUUCCCUUCCCUUCCCUUCCCCUUUUUUCCCUUCCCCUUUUUUCCCUUUUUGUUUUCCUUUUUUUCCUUUUAUCCCAUCCCACCCAGGGGGCUGUGCUGGUUCUCUUUGGAGUGUGGCUCCUCACUGGAGGGAUGGGGAUCCCAGGGAAGGAGUAUUUCCAGAGAAGGGAUGGAGGAGGCCGAGUUUCCACGCUGGGAAAUGCCAUUCCCUGUGAGAAAUGGGCUCUGGAUGGGAAAUGGGAUCCUGUGACCCACCCUGAGCACCUGACACCUGCACAGCUGCUCCAAAUGACCAUUCCCAAGGGGUUAUUCCCAGGGCUGAGGCCACUGAGCACCAGUGUCCCAUCCCUGGCUGUUGUCCCCUCUCCUCUCCCAGGCAGGGAUGUCACUGUGGGCUCUGGAGUGCUCAGGUAACUUUCCACCUGGCCAAGCUCACGUUCCCAGCUGGGCUGUAAAGCUGCCCAGGGAGAUAAGGGCCUUUUGCUCUCAUUCCAGGAGUGAUGCUGGUGCAGAUAGCAGCUGCUAUCUCCCAUCUGGCUGGGAAUGCCCUGCAGCCAGCCCUGCUGGAGAGGCUCUGCCACGAGGGCACGUUCCUGCUCCUUCUGCCCUGUCCCCCUCACAUGGCCUGGCCUGUGCCACACGUGCCCAGGGAGUGGAAAUGCUCCAGCCCCUCCCUGGCUGGGCCAAUGAGCACAAGUGAUGCCUUCCCUUUAUCUUCCACCCCAAAAUACCCCCAAAAACCUAACCAGGUUAAAAAAACCCAGUCAGACACAAAAAACCCAAUCAGACACAAAAACUGACAAUCAGACCAGAAAAUCUCCAACCAGACAAAAAAAACCCCAACAAACCCAAUCAGACACAAAAAAAACCCAACUGGACCAAAAAAACCACAACCAAACAAAAAACCCACAAUCAGACCAAAAAGUCUCCAACCAGACAAAAAAACCCAACCCCAAUCAGACACAAAAACCUUAACCAGAUUAAAAAAACCCCAGACACAAAAAACUGACAAUCAGACCAAAAAGUCUCCAACCAGACAAAAAAACCCAAAACUAGUCAGACACAAAAAACCUAACCAGAUUAAAAAACCCCAACCAGACACAAAAAAAACCAACCAAACAAAAAACUGACAAUCAGACCAGAAAAUCUCCAACCAGACAAAAAAAACCCAAACCCAAUCAGACACAAAAAAAAACCCAACUGGACCAAAAAAAACCUCAACCAAACAAAAAACCCAUAAUCAGACCAAAAAGUCUCCAGCCAGACAAAAAACCCAACACCAAUCAGACACAAAAAUACCCAACCAGAUAAAAAAACCCCAGCCAGACACAAAAAAAGCCAACCAGACCAAAAGCCCCCAGUCAGGUGCAAAAAACCCAAUUAAAAAAAAAAAAACAAAACCAAACCACAACCAAACCAGAACAUCUCCAACCAGACAAGAAACACCAAUCAGACACAAAAAACCCCAACCAGACCAAAAACCCCCAGUCAGAGACAAAAAAAAAAAAAACCAAAACGAAAAACCAACCAAACAAAAAAAACCA